AUGCGGAAAGUGAGAGUGGCUGUGGUGGGUGCCGGUGUAGUCGGCCUGUCCACUGCAGUAUGCAUCGCAGAAGCCAUUCCCCAAAGCGACGUGACUGUCCUUGCCGACCGGUUCACACCUGACACCACCAGCGACGUAGCUGCCGGUGUCCUUUUUGCCGACGAGUUCCCUGACAUUCCUUUGGAGCAGCAGCGACGCUGGUUUCAAAGAACAUUUGAUCACCUCCUGGCGAUUGCUGACUCCCCCGAGGCAUCGCCUGCUGGAGUCUUCCUCUGUUCUGGUUGCCAGGUAUUCCGAGAAGUCCCCGACGAUGGGAAGCCAUUCUGGUCUGAUUAUGUCCUGGGGUUUCGCACUAUGACUGACAAAGAGCUGAGGAGGUUCCCGCAGUACAAGUUUGGACAGGCGUACACCACCCUCACGUGCGAAUGCACCGCUUACCUCCCUUGGCUGCAGAGCAGGCUCGUAAAGGCUGGUGGUCAGAUGAAACAUGAGAAAGUUACUGACCUCCAUCAGCUGGGCCAGAGGUAUGAUGUCAUCAUUAACUGUUCGGGUCUGGGAGCCCGGGACCUGGUUGGGGAUGGAGAAGUUUACCCGGUUCGGGGCCAGAUCCUGAAGGUCCAGGCUCCCUGGCUGAAGCAUUUUGUCCGGGUCAGUGAUGGACAGACGUACAUCUACCCUGGUAUGGCUGGUGUAACGCUGGGGGGCACCAGGCAGAUUGGCGACUGGCGCCUGGAGACGGACGCUGAAGAGAGCGAGGGCAUCAUGGAGCGCUGCUGCCUUCUGGAACCUUCUCUAAGGGGUGCCGUGUGCCAAGGAGUGAAGGUUGGCCUGAGACCUGGAAGACGGAACCUGAGGCUAGAGAGGGAAAUGCUUCACCUCCAGGGGCAUCGGGUGCCCGUGGUGCACAACUAUGGGCAUGGAGGGUGGGGCAUCACCCUGAGCUGGGGCACGGCGCUGGACGCACUACAACUGGUGCAACAGUGUCUGAAUGAGCAUCCUCCACCAGCCAAGCUGUGACUGGUUAGACAGUGGAAUCCUUUUGCCUUUCAAAACACUAGGAGCUUAGUUUUAUCUCUGACAUUCACAUAGUAAGUCUUACUACUGACUUGCCUUUCUGUCUAUUUUUUUUUUUAAAUAUCGUAAUAUUUAUCACAAAGAUUUCAAAUGAAAUCAUCAUGCACUAUAACUGCCCACUGCAGUGUAUUAAAUGUCACUGCCUGGAAUUGUAUACUUGAGCUUCCUCUUCAAUCUAAUUUGAUUUGUUUCAGUGUUAUUUAUUCAAGCUACUUUUAACAUUUUAUGUUAUCCUUGUGCAGUGAUGAGUAAAAUCUCAUUUUAUAUAGAAAGAAAUAUAUUGAUCCAUACUCUAUACAUUUCUCUGUGUGUGCUGAGAAAAGGGUUGGAACAAGGUUAAUCAAAUAUUAUUAACUGACUAACGACUGCCGAAAUUCGACUAGUAAUGCUUCCUGAGAUGCUCAUCCCUAGUCCAGAACUUCUCCCGGAAUCCAUCCAUCCAUCCAUCCAUCCAUCCAUCCAUCCAUCCAUCCAUCCAUCCAUUUUCUGUCCCUGCUUCUCCUAAGCAGGGUUGUGGGGGGGUCUGGAGCUUGUCCAAGGAUAUUUCUUUAAUAGUUUUAAUAAUUCAGUGAUGGCUUGAUUCUAAUAUAUGUAAAAUGAUUUUAUAUUGAUAUGAGUUUAAACAUCCAUCCAUCCAUUUUCUGUACCAACUUGUCCUAUGCAGGGUGAUGUAAAAUUAAAUGUAAUGUUUCUAAACAUGUUAGAGUAAAAUGUACGUUUGCUAAGGAUAAAGUGUUUUUUUGCUAAGUAUGGCACAAAAAUUUAGCAAAAAUUCCAUGGGAAUAAAACUGCAUCUUUAUCGACAUAACAUCAACACAGCUAGUGAUAUACGUACAUAGGCGAUUGACACAAUGCAUGUAGGGAUUUGUGCUUGUUUUCACCUGUAUUUUUGUCAGAAUAGCCAUAUAUGUCACUCCGCAUCCAAUGAAUAAAAGCUAAAAAAGUUGAUGUGAAUCUUCUUACAUUUAA